AUGGCGCAGAUGAUUUUAAAUUGUUUUAUCCUAGGUGACACUCAUGGGUUUUCGGUUGUUCUUGGAGAAAAAAUUAUUAUUAAGAAUACCAUCCCUUUUGAAAAUUUCAAUGUUGCACUUCUCAUAGACUAUAUCUGGGAAAAGAAAAAGGAUAUUAUUAGUAGACAUAACAUAGACCUUUGGAAGGUUGAAAUCGAAGAAACUGAUGAAAACAUAGAAAAACUUAAAAAUACUGAAAUUAACAUUAGAAGAGAAUUUGAAAGUGAGAGGUUGUCUACAACUAAAUUGGCUAAGAAUAUUUUCUCAGUUGGACCACCGGAUGAAACCACCAAUGAAAAAAAGGCACUUUGGAAAAUAGAUCCUAAAGAAAUAUCUGUUAUUCAAAGUAAGAAUGAGGUUCAACAG